AUGUUCGGCCAACAGGUCCUCGUUCUCAACCAGAACGUGAAGAGAGAGUCUGGACGGAAGGUUCAGACGGGAAACAUCAGCGCGGCAAAGACCAUCGCCGAUGUGAUCAGGACCUGUCUGGGCCCGCGGGCCAUGAUGAAGAUGCUGCUGGAUCCCAACGGCGGAAUCGUCAUGACCAACGACGGGAACGCCAUCUUGCGAGAGAUCCAGGUGCAGCAUCCCGCCGCUAAAUCCAUGAUCGAGAUCAGCCGCACGCAGGACGAAGAAGUCGGAGACGGAACCACGUCCGUCAUCAUCCUCGCCGGCGAGAUGCUGUCGGUGGCCGAGCAGUUCCUGGAGCAGCAGAUGCACCCCACCGUCGUCAUCGGCGCCUACAGGCGAGCCCUGGAGGACAUGUUGGAAACCUUGAAGGAGAUCAGCGUCCCCGUGGACACGUCGGACCGCUCGGCCAUGCUGAAGAUCGUGCGCUCGGCCGUCAACACCAAAGCGCUGAGCCGCUGGUCGGACCUGGCGUGCGGCAUGGCUCUGGACGCCGUGCUGACCGUGGAGACGGAAGACAACGGCCGCAAGGAGAUCGACAUCAAGAAGUACGCCAAAGUAGAGAAGGUACCGGGCGGCAUCAUCGAGGACUCGUGCGUGCUGAGCGGCGUGAUGGUUAACAAGGACGUGACGCACCCGCGCAUGCGCCGCCUCAUCAAAGAGCCGCGCGUGGUGCUGCUCGACUGCUCGCUGGAGUACAAGAAGGGCGAGAGCCAGACCGACAUCGAGAUGAGCAAGGAGGAGGACUUUGCGCGCAUCCUGCAGAUGGAGGAGGAGUACGUCCAGCAGAUGUGCGAGGACGUCAUCCGGGUCAAGCCCGAUCUCGUCUUCACCGAGAAAGGAAUCUCAGACCUGGCGCAGCACUACCUGGUCAAGGCCAACAUCACCGCUAUCCGCCGCGUCCGGAAGACCGACAAUAAUCGCAUUGCCAGGGCCUGCGGCGCGCGCAUCGUCAGCCGAACCGACGAGCUGCGCGAGGAGGACGUGGGCACGGGGGCGGGGCUCUUCGAGGUCAAGAAGAUCGGCGACGAGUACUUCGCCUUCGUCACCCAAUGCAAGGAGCCCAAGGCUUGCACCGUCCUGCUCAGAGGCGCCAGCAAGGAGAUCUUGGCGGAGGUGGAGCGCAACCUGCAGGACGCCAUGCAGGUGUGCCGCAACGUGCUGCUGGAGCCGGCCCUGCUGCCGGGCGGGGGCGCUGCGGAGAUGGCGGUCUCCAAGCGCCUGACAGAGCGUUCGCGCGCCCUGGUGGGCGUGGAGCAGUGGCCCUACCGCGCCGCCGCCCAGGCGCUGGAGGUCAUCCCGCGCACGCUGAUCCAGAAUUGCGGCGCCUCCACCAUCCGCGUGCUCACCUCGCUCAGGGCCAAGCACGCGGCGGCGGACGGCGCGUCCUGGGGCGUGGACGGCGAGACGGGUACCCUCCGCGACAUGGCGGCCGCCGGCAUCUGCGAGCCUCUCGCCGUCAAGGCGCAGACGUACAAGACGGCGGUGGAGACGGCCAUCUUGUUGCUGCGCAUCGACGACAUCGUGUCGGGGCACAAGAAGAAGGACAAGGAUCAGGCGGCGGGGGGUCCCGGGGCCGAGUAA